AUGCAACAUAAUAGAACAUCAUCUACGGUAAGAAAUAAGAAAGAUAAAGUAACAGGAUAUAAAAAAGAUCGAAGUGAGUUCAUCACAGUAAAAGAUCGAGAAGCCGGAGUGAAUGAGGAGGAGGUGGCGGUAGAUGAGGAGGACGUGGAGGUGGUAAAACAAAAACGAUCAAUGUCGUCUUCUUUCGAUUCCGGGAUCCUACUGAGCGAGGGAGGCGGUGCGAGCUCUUUGGAUGUUGACUCACCAACUCGCGGAUUUCCAGGUAGACCUGGUGGUUGCCAUGCGAUGUCGACGCCGAGCCCGAGACUUCGACAUUACAGGACAAUGACGGCCAUUUGUUUCGUGUGCAAUCUGCCGAUACUGAGCCAUCAAGUUGGCUUAGUGUGGCAGGGCGGAAAUGGAUGGGAUGAUCUUGUGAGAGAACAGGUCGAGGAAUUGACUUUGAAACAACGACUAGGAACAGGAAGAAGAGAUUCUGCAGCCCAAAUAGGAGCUCCACUGUCUCCACCAAAUGAAACUCAAGAGUCUUCGCCAACUCACCACAACCGCCGUCGGCGUUCGAGUUUGGCGGACAUCCUGCGUGACUGGAGCAGUGGCGGGAAUUCAAAUAAGAACAAGAGCGGUAACAAACUUUGCCGACGUGAAACCCUUGCGGACAUCGCCAAGUCCUUGCCUUGGCCUCGACAGCAGACAACAGAGUCCGGACAUGCUGCAAGUUUACGAAAACGUCGGGAGAGUUCCGUCGACAGCGGGAUCAAGAGCUCCAUCACCAGUAAAUCACGUCGAGACUCGGCCAUCAGUGAUCUCAAAAAUGAUUUUGCCAAACUGUGGAACAAACGCGACAUCCAGCCCCAGCAAUCCCCGACUAUCAUUUCACCCACCACCCGACGAGGAUCAAGUGAGUCAAGAUACUCGAGACGAGGAUCCGGUGAAAGCGCGAGAACAAGAAGGGACAGCGUCGUCGGCGGUCCUUGUGGCGAACGGAAACAUCAGUGUCGGCAUCACAAACGUAAACAAUCACAACAAUCUCAGAUUUCUCUUGACGCCGGUGCUAUUACACCAACAAAGUACUACAGAAUGGAUCAAAGACCCAGCGCCUCGAGCACUGAUAGUGCUGCAUCUGCUGCUGUUAGAGAACAGUUGGAGGCACAAAGAAGUCAGACGGACAAACCAGAGUCAAAAAAUUACUUGACGCCAGAGACUAAAUCAUUUGGGACGGAUCCCAAGUCCCCGUCGACAAACGAUACUCCUAAGGCAGACAAAAAUUAUUUGACACUCGAACCGGGCAUAAAUACGCCCACGAUAAUAAUGUCAUCGACAACUCCGCCGUCAAUAUCGCCGACAGUUAACAACUUGCCGCUUCCCGGAGCUGCGGUCUCCGGGGGACUGAGCCCCGUUGGGUCUCCAAGUGUCCAUAAUACCCCUAGCCACCCUUUGCUCACUACCAGGAGAGACUCCACGACCCAGUGCUACUAUGGAAAGGGAAAGGAAGUCUCCUCGAGCAAGCUGUCAAGACUGACACGACAGGCUGCGACUAUUGAUGAAUCACCCUCGGGAAGACGCAGCAGCCAGCCCACGCUGUCACCGGAUCCUGACGACGGAGGUCGCAAAGCAAGAAGGGACUCGCUAAGCCCGGACUCGGCUUCUUACUCUAGACGCCGUGACUCGAAAAGCCAUUUGAGUCCGGACAGAAAUGCCGCUGACAAACGAGACUUUAGUCCUAACAGACAAAGGCGGCCUUCGAGAUUACGAAGACAAUCUACUACUAUUACCGGACGUCCUGCUAGAUCACCAGACAGUUCGUCAUGUUCCUCUCGGGACCCGAGUCCUUGUGCCCGCGGCCUCGGCAGCAUCCAACACGCCCCCGUAAUCCGCAGACAGUCAACCACCGAAGAGAUCCUCAUGUCCCGCGGAUUCAGACGCCAGAGCACCACCGAAGAGAUGAUCCGGUGUCGCAAUUUCCGUAGACAAAGUUCUCAAAGUGAUGACACCGUACAACGUUACCGCGGCCGACGAGACAGUUCAGCGCAGAUAACCGACGGAACCUUCCAAUCGAUGACCGUCGAAACAUCCAGUACCUUUUUUGACAGCAGUACACAAACAGAACCGUCACCGCCUUACGACAACAAUCACUAUCAUGAGGAGUGUCUGAGAUGUAACAGCUGUGGCCUCAAUCUCACGGGACCCAAUCAGAAAAGAGCGAGACGGUUCAAAAACCAGAUUCUUUGCGACCUGCACUUCGCGGACGUCGCGCUGAUGGAGUGCUCGGACUUCAUGCAGCAGUUGCGCAGCUUUAAGCCUCAAAGUUUGGGCUGCGCAGUGGCCCGACGAAAGUCCUCAACGACUCUCAUCUUCCCGCUUCCGCCUCAAGCCUGCUCAGAUGAAUUUUGUAAAGAAUUUCCUCAUAAUUUGAUACCAACCCCUGGGUAUUGGAUCGAGUGUUCGAGGCAGCAAAUAACCUCAGACACGAUUUGGGACGAAAGUGAAAGCGACCGGGAUUUCACGGAUCCUGAGCAAGUUGAUGAGCAAGCAGAGCUCUCUAUAAUGAACAAACGACAGGAAUUCUGUCUGUUCGAGGAGAACGAGAUGGAAGACGAGGACGUGCCGCGUAAGAAAACGACCAUCGAGGAGCAAUGGGAAAAGAACCAGGGCUUCGAGCUGACUUCCGUUGAGCAGGAGACCUAUGAGAAAUACUUUUACGGGUCUGAGCAUUGGAACUAUUUCACCAACGACGAGGACCUGGGCCCGGUGAUACUCAGCAUCAAGCAGGAGACGAUAAGUGGGAGAGAUCAAUUCAGAAUACUCGUACGUGCCAUCAGUUACACCGUUCACGGGCUCAUACCUGCCAGCUGCGUUUUUGCUGAUAGAUAUAAUCGUGAAGAGGUAGUAAAGAGCCUGGGUAAAGAGGUGAAUAUAAAUCCAGCAUUGACGUUAGGACAGCUACCAGAUACCCCAGAAGAACUUCUGAAGCUAGAUCAAGUGUUCAUAAAGUCGGAGCUUAAAGUCGGAGUGAUAUAUGUGCAAGAGGGCCAGUACACCGAAGAAGAGAUACUCGACAACAACGACAGCUCUCCAUUUUUCGAAGAGUUUCUGCAGAUACUGGGUGACAAAAUACGUCUGAAAGGGUUCGACAAGUACAAAGGCGGUCUUGAUACCGUCCAUGACCUGACGGGUCUCUACUCGGUCUACACCAACUGGCGCGGAAUCGAGAUCAUGUUUCACGUGUCCACUCAGCUGCCUUACGAAAAACACGAUCCCCAGAAGCUUCAAAGGAAACGGCACAUCGGCAACGAUAUCGUCUGCGUGGUGUUCCUCGAAGCCGACAACACCCAAUUCAGCCCAGCUUGUAUUAAAUCUCAUUUCCUCCACACUUUUAUUAUCGUGCGUGUCAGCCCGAGGAUCAAGAGAAAAGUUACUAGAUAUGAGGUCUCGGUUGUCACAAGAGAUGAAGUCGGUGCUUACAAACCCUAUUUGUGGGAACAAAGCGUCUUUGAAAAAGGUCCAAUGUUCCGAGAAUGGAUCCUCACAAAAAUAGUGAAUGGCGAACGCGCAAGUUACUCAGCUCCAAAAUUCGCUCGGAUGCAGGAGCGAACAAGGAGCCAAAUGCUCGAGGACAUCGUAGCGAACCUCGCGAACCACGCGGAGACUGGACAGAUUCCGAAACCGUACCGUCGAGGUUCCUGGCGACCUAUAGGACACAUGCGGCCCUCUUCGCCCCUCCUGGACUCGGUAAGGGACCAGUUCGAAGACUAUGACCAGCUGGCCAAGGACUUCACCCGAGUCUUCCUCAACAACGCGGACAACGUCCAGAUCCACGCGAAUCUAUUCGAUGUGGCCUUCCUGGUUCCUGGUCAGCAGAAGCAGAAGGUCAGGUUUAUUGGAGUCCGUGCCAUCCUUGGAGUACGCAGCAGGGUAUUCCAGGAAAUGCUCUAUGGAAUCCAAACCGGGUUCGGCAGUCCUCAAGUUCCUGUCGCGGAAUUGCUAGCGAGACCUGCGCCGACGCUUCUUAGCCCGCAGAAACCAAAGAGCUCAAACUUUCUGCAAGUUCCUGACAUUGAAAGCCCUAGGCCCAAAAGUGUACCUUCGUCGCCGAUGGUAAAAAGAGCGUUCUCGAGACUCGGAACCAUCACCGCUGGCUGGGGGAGGAGUAUAAGGAAGCAUGGGAGCAAUACUCUGCAGGUUGAAGACAGAAAACGGUGGACCUCUUCUCAAGACUGCAGCAAUAAAGAAGCAAAAGAGAAAGAAAAAGCAGCCCAAUCUCUUGCAGUGCCAAGACUGAGCGUUUGUGCUGACGCACAGAAAGUCGAUCGUGCGAAAUUAGCACAAACUGAAUUCGACAUAAUCGAAUUCGACCCUGAAACAUUUGGAAUACUAUUGGACUACUUGCAUACCGGGUCAUGUCCGCUGACUUGCAGUAACAUCCCGGGGUUGAUAUGCGCAGCGGAACAUUACGACCUUCCGGAUUUGCUGCAAGCUUGUUUCCACCACGCGAAGCAAUUUCUGAGGAUCGAAAUAGUCUGCGUGAUGCUCUGUGCCCUGGAAAAUUAUUAUUGGCGCUACACCUCUGCCUCGGAGCUGGUCAACAUGAUCCUCGCGUUUGUCGAGACUCGCGCUUACCAAUUAUUCCAGAGCCCGCACUUCCUCACCCUCAGCGAGAGCAUGGUCCAGACGAUAAUGUGUCGCGGGCUUGAAGUUGUCGAAAUUAAGAAAUUUGAGGCCAUGCUCAGCUGGGCGAAGCACAGAAUAAAAACAAAGGCAUCGAAAGUCGACGCGAAACAUGAAUUUAAAUGCAUCAUGGAGCGGCUGAGUAAGGACUUGAAAUUAUACCGAAUUACGCCACAAGAAUUAAUAAGGAUCGUCCUGCCGUCGAAGGCAAUCAAAAACGAAAGAAUCCUGGAGACGCUGAUGUUCCAAGCGAACUCGGGAAUUUACCGGAACGUCGAUACUUACUUGGAAGACUAUCAGAAGAGGAUACAAAAUCAGGAAAGUUUUGACUAUGGUAUUUAA